AUGGGGCUGAAAAGAUGGUGCAUCCUGGAUAGAGCGAAUAUGCCAAGCGAAGAGGAGCUGGGUGUGCAUAUAUGUUUUGCUUGGCGUAUGACAAUCCAAUGCCCAAUUGACGAACGUGACAGGCAUAAGAUUCGCUUUAUUGCGAGCGAUGGCCAGGUAUACGAGCGCGUGGGGGCUGAUUUUAGUUUGGCAGUGGUGCCGGCCCAAAAUACAACAAACAACGAGUAUAACUUCCGAACAGUAGAGGAUUUCUUGUGCUUUGUUGACGGCUCCGCCAUGUGUACAAAGAAGGAGGACGAUCAGCUGUACGAGCCACAAGCAGGCGUCGAACGUAGGUUGACAGAUUCUCCGGCGAGUAAACAGUUACUUCCCAUGCUGACGGAUUUGGCGGUGCCUACGUCGUUUCCGAAGUCCUUCUAUACCCAACUGUGGUAUGAUGGUUUCGUCACUAUCUCAGAGGAGCGUAUGCAAGGCAUUGUUAGCUUAGGCAUACCGAAGAACAAAGACGAACCAUUAACGACUAUGGGUGAAUAG